AUGGGAGGCUUGUUUUUUGAUCUCGCGAUCAUUUUUGCUACAAAUCUCGUAGACGUGAAGAAAUAUGGUAGAAUGCAAGUGUAUGCGGUAGUUUCCCUCAACGGAAGACCAGAAACGACGUACACAACUCCCGUUGACUAUGUGCGAGGGGGGAGCCUGUGCUGGAACGUGAGGACUCCUUACAAUCGCUGCUUCCAAGCCGUGAAGCGAGGCGAUCUGCCCCUCAACAUCAAGUUGCACCCUUCUUCAUUUUCCGGCAAUAGCUACUACGUUGCGGGAUUGUUAGUGCCGUUGAAGCGGCUUUUCGACGAAAGAAAUCGUCACAAUAAUCAACACACGUAUGCCAAGUACUUUGUGAAUUGGGUUAACCCUCAUGGUCGGUUCGGAGUUCUCAACUUCUCGUACCGUUUUCACGAGACCCCAACAGUGAUACAGAUUGUUAAUGGCGUACCAUCUGGACGUAGGCAAAAUUUGGCGCAAACCCUAGUCAAACGAGUUGCUGUGUCAUCUCUGACUGCAGCUGCCGUCGCCGCCUUGGAGAGCUUUCUUCCAGGUUAG